UUUAGAUCACAUGACCUUUUCCGGGCUGAGGCGGGUUCGGGGUGGGUAUCUUUCGGAAAACCUGAUCAACUCCAUUCUUGCUUUCUGUACUCUAUUCGAGCUUUCUCUCCGCGCGUUACGGUUUGCGCCCCACCUACACUAUUCCUCCAGAACCGAAUGUCUCUUUCGAAAUGCUUAUCAAGAUCGACGACAUUAAAUCCACCCCAGCCGUGCUUGCCUUGAUUUCCUUGCAUGUGGCCGAAAUAAAUCGCAUGAUCGAUUCCUGUGAUGUUCUCGACGUUUCGAGCCUGCAAGCAUCAAAUGUCACUUUUUACUCUGCCUGGGAAGGCCAUGAGUUAAUGGGAAUUGGAGCACUCAAGGAAUUGUCACCAACACAUGGUGAAGUGAAAUCAAUGAGAACAGUCGCAACGCAUUUUCGCAAAGGAGUUGGAAGGGCUAUCGUCGAGCACCUCAUCAAGGUGGCGAAGGAAAGAGGAUAUACCAGUUUGAGUUUAGAGACUGGGAAACACGCUUCGUUUGAAAGAGCCAGAGGCUUUUAUACCAACAUGGGCUUUCAGCCUUGUGAUCCUUAUGGAUCUCUACCCCCUUGCCCAGAUAGUUCUUUCAUGACUUUGAAGCUAGAAACCUGAAGUCGAAGUACCUGCAAGCUUCAGCGGGUGUCAGCAGCGAACUCCGAUCCGCAAUUUUUAUAUUGAUAGGGAGACAGAAGACAUCAUGAGCCGUACUGCGAUUUAAGGAUUAUUUUUUUUCUAUAAAAAUUGACUAUUCCGAUCCGCCAGAGUACAAGUUGGUCCUAACCCACUCGGUGUAUCCACCCAAAGCAGCUCACUC